CGUCGAGCCAUCAUGGAAGAAUAAGGUAGGUAUCUAUAGUAAGGUAGGUACGAAGUACGUACAUCUGGCCUGGGGUGCCAUUCCAUUGGGACGUUAUGCACGGACCACUACACGACCACGAGCUGUUGAACUGUGGCUAGGUAGGGAGGUGGGCCUUAGAGCACCCUGUUCACCAUGUGCUCCGUGCGUGGUUCGACGACGUCAGGAAACUCUCACGCAACUUCUCAACUUGGAGCUUUCCGUCAACAUUGGGUUUGAGUGCUUCAUUCAUCCAACAUCAUAAUCACCGAACACCAGACCGCAUCCUAUUCACACAGGAGUUUCUGAAAACGCGACUAAUUUCUGUGUGACGCUGUUAUCAACAUAUCGGGGAUUCAUCAUGGCAUCUCUUCUCUCUUGGAUGCCUGUCGUGAACAGGUGGGUCGCGAGAGACGAGAAGAAUGAGUUCCGCGCUGUCGACAUCCCGCCUGUCCCAGUUCAUCACAUUGAGACGGACCCAGACAAGCGGGCGAGGUGCGUCAAGCAUCUUCUCAAGGCAAACCAUGUCAAUCAUGCCAUUGUCUAUCACCAUCUACAGUUCGAUAAUCACCUCCCCCACAUCCUGUGCUCGGCCUACCUCCUUGGUGCCACAGAGCCGCAGCUGCACACCAUCUACGAUGAAGAAUCCAAGCAGCUUGAGCCAUGGCGUGCGUCGCCAUCCGAGGUUAUUGAAGAUGACUGGCGGGACUUCCUGGGCGACAAACGUUAUCAAAGAGCCUAUGUCGACUUCUUCGAGGACGCGCUGGCCUUGAAAUUCUCAUACGACUGGAAGCAGGUUGUGGACCACUACCUGUUCCAGGGCGAGCAGCCUUUGGUUCACGGGCUCAUCGGAGGUCUCGGGCAUCCUCUCAUCCAUCUGGGGUACGCUUACGAGAUGGACUGCAAGGAAAUUGCCAUGGACGCCCUGGGCCUUGCCGCGGUGCAGUACAACUUCCUCCACAAGUACCUCGACGACAAGAGCUACACGAGGCCGCCCUCGUUCUUCUGUGAUUCGCCGCUCGAGCUGCUGAACAAAGUGGCCAGCGACAAGCGGUUCGAUGGCUUGUUUGAGAAGCCGGAAUUCGAAAACAUCGACAAGCUUUUUGAAGAGCACGAGGACCUGAUCCUGGAUUAUUGGAACGCGUGGGACUUCUCCGACCCGGUGAAGCAGUUCGAGAAAUCCCAAGAGGCUGCGGUAUCCCUGCUGGUCGCCACAGUUACCCCAGGCACCCAUGCGUAUAACUUCUUCAUAGUUCACAUCCUCACCACUAGCCACGCCGUACGGGUUCUUCUCCCCGUAAUCCCUGCCAAGUUCCACGUCAACUUAGUGCGGGGAUGGUGGCUUCUGGCUCUGGCCGUUUACAUCUCUCUACUCCGGCCCAAGAUCGACCCGGAUAAUGUCGAGUCGGACCUCAAAGGUCGACACUGGGCUCAUGUGGAAUAUGAAGCUCUCAAUUCCCCGUAUGCUACAGAUUCUCACUACGUCAAAGCGAUUCGGGCUAUGAGGGACGCAGCCAGGACAUGGGGCGAUGUCCAUGAGAGGUAUCUGGCGGCUGCGCUGACGUUUGUCGACAACUUCCGCGGGUGGGUUUUCUGAAGCAGAAAGGGCUUGGCUAUGUCAUGUUAACCGCUAGGUAACCUGGAUGUGUAUGAUCACGGGGACUUAACUCUUGGAAGUGGUAAAAUGAAAGAAUCGUUUUGGAUACCGUAAUUGAGAUAGGUAGGUUGAGGGACCUGCUUGCCCUACCUAAGGGACCUUGCGGUAAAAUCAAGGUACCCAAGGUACCCAAGUUUCACUCGCAUGUGUUCGAACUCGAAGUGCGAAUCCCAGGGUACCUUAUUAUGAAAUGGCCGU